AUGCGUCUGGUCUCUCUUCCUUCGACUCUCCUGCUCGCUGCCAACGCAGCAGCAACUUAUGACGCCCUCUUCCACUUCGGCCCCACAGCUCAGGUAGAGACGCGUUCUAUCGACCAGAUUUACAAAGCUGCUCUCAAAGAGGGCGGCGUCGUGACAACCUGGUUCGGCGGCGAUGAGAAGAACCAAGAAGACGCAGUUAAGAAGGCUUUUGAGACAGCCUUUCCUGUCAUGAAACUCAAUCUCACCGUCGACCUAUCUAAAUAUCUUGAUGGCAACAUCGACCAACAGCUCGCUAACAACAACGUCUAUGUUGAUACAGUCGCUCUGUAGACCACGCAAGACUUUCCACGAUGGAAAGAAGAGGGCGCGCUGCUUUAAUAUACCCCUGCUGGGUUUGACAAGAACUAUUCUGGCUUGAAGGAUAUUGAUGCUGCCUUCUAAGGAUACACUGGUAUUGC